AUGGCCAGCAAGCGUCCGCCCCCUCAGGUACUACCUCAGUUCUUCGCAGAGGACAUUGAGAAGGACAUGAUGAUGACUCGCGACCGCAGCUAUACGAAGCAGGCAGCGACAAUACCACACGUGAUAACGAGCACGAGCGUCUCCGCAGGCGACAGCGAUGCUAUGAGAAGCGCUAUCGAGGCCGCAAAAGAGCCAACAUCGCGGUACAACGGCAGACGUGGCUGCGGCUGGAGAUAA